AUGAGUUCUCUAGCCUUCUUGGUCACUGAGCUUCAGUCUCUCGCCAGUGAGACGAGAAGGAAGCAUCCAGAUAUCCGUGAGGCAGCAGAAAAAUCUCUCGCAAUAUUACGAGCAUCGCCGGAACAGGCGACGGCGAGCUUGGCUUCAGAUGGACCUCAAUCGGAUGACCUGCUGCGGCCUGUAUUCAUGGGAUGCGCGACGAGGAAUGCAAAGGUCGUCGCGAUAUCCUUAGGGUCGCUGCAGCGCCUGAUAGCACUGAAAGCCGUACCACAAUCUGCAGUGGCUCUCAUCAUAACGACAAUGAGUGACGCUAUCAGUCAAGGAGUCGACAUCCAGCUUCGAAUACUACAAACAUUGCUGUCGCUCAUUACCAACUUCCCUGCCGUGCACGGGCCAAUGCUGGGUGACGCGCUACUAUUAUGCUUCAAACUACAAGAAUCAAAGAUAGCGGUGGUAUCAUCCACGGCAGCAGCAACUCUCCGGCAGCUCGUGAUGUUUGUCGUCGACAAAAUGGUGGAUGAAGAUAGGAAAGACGACGUGCCCGCCGACCAGAUGUCAGAAGUGAAGCUGCCGGACGGUACCACGAAGACUCUCGGCCCCUCUGCGCGCGACGCGUUUGCGGUGUUUGAGGAUCUCUGUCUUCUCGCGAACGCGGAAAAGCCACAUUUUCUCAAGUUGGAUUUCCUUCACAAGACUUUUGCGCUGGAAUUGAUCGAAAGUGUACUCACAAAUUAUCAUGACCUCUUCCGACGCCACGCAGAAAUGACCCUUUUACUCCGUCACCACCUCUGCCCACUUCUCCUCAAGGCUAUCUCGGAACGGCCGAUAUUCCCUCUAACACUUCGAUGCACCCGAGUUAUUUUUCUCCUUUUGAAACAAUUUUCUCUGGAAUUGCAAACCGAAUCCGAAGUUUUUCUCAUGCUAUUCAUCAGGAUCAUAACCGAGGAUCCAGAAGCGCCUCAAUGGAUGCGUGUCCUCGCGAUGGAGAUAAUGCGUGGGCUCUGCAGUGAUGCCGAGCUUAUGCGGAAUGUCUGGGAUCGUUAUGACGCGCAAGGGGCGGGAUCCAAAGUGUUCACCUCACUAGUAUCAGCCCUAAAUCGUCUGGUAACGGAGAAGCCAGCGUUACUGGGUGUAGGUACCCAAAUGUCGGGCGUCGGGGUACAUUCUGAGUCCGGGUCAUUGUCUGCAUCCAGCUCGGGUUAUAGCUUGGAUAUGGGAGGCAUGGCGGCCAUCGCAAGCGCUACGGUGUCGGGCGUCGUCGGGAUGAUGGGUGCAAGUGGAGGCUUAAGUCUUCAAGGAUCUGCAAUGAAGCUGCAAUGCAUCGAUCAAUUGGACAAGGCAGAUUCUCCCCCGAUACCAGAAUCAUACAUCUACCUCUUAGGUAUCCAAUGCUUGGUAUCACUCUGUGAAGGAUUUGCGUCUUUUACCGGUCCACUUUACACCUCUAUCGUCAUACAAAAACCACGUGCAGCAGGAGAAGCUGUGAACCGGGCUCCUCCAGCCCUGGACCUGUCCACACUACCGCCAGAUGAUAUCAAUACCAAACAUCUUCGCAUCAUUCGCGAUAUAAUAGAGAGCGGGUGGCCUGCUUUGCUUGCGGCAUUAUCCUUCGUUAUCUCUACCAACCUCUCCGACGAGCUGUUUGCAGACGUGCUGGCCAGCUACCAAGCAGUCACCAAUGUAUCUGGAAUGCUGGGCUUGACAACUUCAAGGGACGCUUUCUUCACCAGUUUGUCCAAGUUUGCGGUUCCCUCGCGCGUUGUAUUCAGCCUUGACACAUACAACGAUGUGCAGACGCCACGCUCGGCAACCGGGUCGUUAUCCGAGAAUCUAGGUUUCACGGGCCCUACUGGACCGCCGGGUCUGUCGGAGAGGAACUUGGCAUGCCUAAAAGUGCUCCUCUCCAGCGCGAUGUUUCUCGCAGGAAGUCUUGGCGGAAGUUGGUUCCAAAUUCUGGAGGUGUUGCAGAACGCUGAGUAUGUCUUGACAUGGAAAGGUGGUCCACAGGGGACGCCGAGCAAAAGGCAUCCCUUCGGACAUUCGCAGGGCAGUCGAUCAAUGUCAGUGUCGGGAGUGCAGCCUCUACCACAUCCUACUCCGCCUCGACAUCCACUGCUUAGCGAUUUGGAUUCAGAGACACUGCAGAAUGGCAUCCAAAGGCUGUUCGAUGCCUCUAAGAACUUGGACGAUGUCGCGUUCAAGCAUUUCAUUGAUGCGUUGUGCAGGUUAAGCGCAGAGAUGGUUGAUAUGCAGUCCGACGGAGGAAACAUCGUUUUGGAGACUGAUAGCGUGGAAGAGCUGAGCAACGUUGGUUUGUCGCCAGUUCUCGAUGCUUCUAGUCGAAGACGGGUGAGUGGAAUUCAUAUACCUCGUUCGUUGCGUUCCGGCGACUUUGGAAUAGGGAAGCUGGGUGGUAUUGCGAGACUCAAUAUCCAUCGACUAAUAUAUCGCUCUCCCGACGUUGCUUGGGAUAAGACGACAAGCCACCUUUUGUCUAUCAUCCGACUCCAGUUUGCACCCCAAGCUAUCCGCAUACAAGCAGCACGCGUUCUUGACGACAUCCUGGAGACUGUACCGCGGAAUCUAAGCGCGACAGGCGAGCUGCAGGCACCAGUACAAAAACGCGUGCUCGACGUACUAUCUCAACAAGUCAUGCCCGAUUACUCCACCCCGGCCUCUCAUUCUUCGACUAGUGUGGAAAUUCGGAAGAUGGGUCUCGAGACCCUCCACCAGAUUCUCCAAUCAUCGGGACAUACGUUGGUGGUUGGCUGGGAGACAAUCUUUACCAUGCUUGGGAGCGUAUGCAAACCCCCUCCGAUAGGCAGGUCAUCGUCCAUAGAUUCGGUGUCAGCGUUGAGUGCUACAUCGUCGCCAACGGCGAGAUCAAAACCCUUGCUACUAGGUUUGGGUACGCCGUCGGAGAAGAGUAAUAACGCACUGAUCAAGAUCGCGUUUCAAUCCCUAACGCUUGUUUGCGAUUCCGUGACAGCCCUAUCCCCCGAUCAUCUACGCCUGUGCAUCAGUACACUCGGGCAGUUUGGCAGGCAGUCAGACACAAACAUCGCGCUAACUGCCGCUGCUAGUCUCCUGUGGAGCGUUUCAGAUGCUAUACAGUCGAAACGGAAACACGCGGAGAAGGAACCGGAAUACAGCGCGCUGUGGAUGUUUCUCCUUCUCGAGGUGUUGGGGCUAUGCACUGAUCCUCGACCCGAAGUACGAGAUGGUGCUAUCCAGACCUUGUUCAGGACAAUGCAGUUGUAUGGCGGUACACUGAGCCUGGAAACAUGGGACCAGUGCAUCUGGAAGGUCACUUUCCCUCUGUUAGAUUCUCUGUCGGAGGAGCUUAGGAGGCAUUCGUCGGAGGAAGAGGGCGUUUCUUCUUCUGACCAGGCCUGGGACGCGUCCAAGAUCCUUGCACUUCAAUCCAUUGGAUCGAUCUUCCACGACUUCCUGGCCUCAAAAAUACUACACCUCGAGUCGCUCAAAGAAGCAUGGAGUGUCUUUGUGAAUCAUAUACAAGAGUCCGUGCUCAUUGAUCAUCGGACGAUUAGUGCGCCGGCACUACGAUGCCUCGAGAAAGCCUUGAAGGCUUCAUCAUCUGCACCGUCUGCUGUCAAGGAACGUGUCUCUGAAGUAUGGGAACGUGUUUGGCAGUCCAUUGAUGCUAUCGGCGAGGCUAUCUUGCGGAGAGGUGGAUCCCAGUCGCCUCCUAAAUCCUUCGCCGACGGAGGGCCCCCAAAGCCGUUCACGCAGGAGAGUUUGGUAGCUUUCGUUGAUGUCAUACAGUCCACACGUACUGUCAGCCGUGUAGUCAGUGGUACUGAAUGGCCGUUAGAUCGUAUUACUAGGCUUAUGGGGAUCCUCAAAGGCGUUUUGACCUACCCCAAUUCCCCUGACUACAGACCAGACAUUGAUGCCCUUCCUCCGCUUCAGUCUGUGGUGAUGGAAACGAUAAGCGCCAUCGACCUGUCCAUUACAGGAUCUCCAUCGCUCAUCAUGCGAGAUCUGUCGGAGUUCGCCACUCUUGCCUUCCUUGCUGCUUUUGAUGUGCAAAUGAGCAGCGGGAGUCAGAUACCCCAGAAGCGUAUCACGUAUAUAGCACUGUCGAAGCGGACGAUGCCGAUGCUAGUUGAUCUGUUCACCAAGUACAAGGACCUGGUCGCUAUUUACGUUGACGGGACGCUCGAGGCUGUGCUAUCUGCGUAUUCCAUACCUAUUAAGCUAAAGUAUGAUUGCCCACCCGCAUCAAAGUUUGGGAAAGAUCUGCCGCUGUGGAAGACUGCUACCACGUGUUUCUUGCGGAUCGUCAAAGAGCUCUCGCACCAAAUCAAUGCCCUGAGCUCAGAUAUUCCUGAUGAGCGUAUCGAGGGCAUUUGGAGACAAGUCAUUGAUGUCUUCCGAGGAGGGAUCCUUGCUGACUGCUCUCCAGCAGAAGAGUUUCCUUUGGACGUCCAAGAAGCUGAAGAAAACUUUGACCUUGCACUUGUUGCUGCUCUCGAAAUUGAUGUGGUACCGCAUUUCGGUGAUCCCCGACUACCCGACUCGCUUGUUUCUCAGCUCGCGAAGAUCCUCCACCGCGGAAGUUUGCUCUACGAAUCGGACGUUGGACCUACAUCGCCUCGCAGUCCGAGUCCAGAAGGUGCCGUGAAGACUGUAUCACCAAACACUGCCGAAUUCGUCAACGCUAAUAUUGGCCAUGGCAGUACCGAUUCGGGAUUCUUGUUACCAAGAGAACGGUUCUCUUAUUGGUGUUUUGAUCUCCUCUUUUUGAUAUGUUCCAAUACUACCAAAGAUCAAGAGCGCUCUAGGAAGCGUCUCGCGGCACUCAGUAUACCAUCUCUUCUGAAUCGGUGUCGAACAACGCUAGCCGGAUACGUUGCAGAUGAGGCACUUCGCGGAAACCUGCCUUUCCCAAGAGCUCGCGAAGACGAACUGCUGUACGUGCUACGAAAGAUGUUGGAGCUUAAGCUUUGGUCCGGGUCUUUGUGGGCGGCCCUAUCAGAAGAUCCCUCAAAGAAUUGUGUCGAUCAGCCUGCUUUAGAUGUAUCCUUGACGCCAUCAUUGCUCAUUGCAGAUGCUGUUAAGCGCUCGUCAGUAGCACAUCUAUUUCAUUUCUAUGGAGUGCUGUGCGAGAUUGCGUCGAUACCCCGGAAAGCGCCCUCGUCUUGGACGAUUUCCCCUACACCAACAGGUAUGAAUGGUAAUGCGGAAAAUGGUAACGAAGCAGUGCAGCUGGAUGCUCGAGAUCUGUCACGGCAGUGUUUGAAGGAGGUUGGUAAAGAGAUGGGAGUGUCAUAUUGA